AUGGCGAAACGGCGGCGCCUGUCGGUCGAAGACUACACCGUGGGAUGGGUCUGCGCCCUUCCCAUAGAACUCGCCGCCGCUCAGGAGAUGCUCGAUGAGACACACGACGAUUUCGACAACCAUGAUCCAAACAGUAUAUACACACUAGGCCGCAUAGCCGGCCAUAACGUCGUCAUCGCAUGCCUUCCGAAGGGCCAGAUGGGUACAAACUCCGCUGCCACUGUUGCCGCGCGGCUACAGGCUUCGUAUCCGGCGGUGCGAUUCACUCUGCUUGUUGGAAUCGGUGGAGGUGUUCCAUCCUCGAAAGCAGAUAUUCGUCUUGGGGACGUCGUUGUCAGUCUCCCCGAGAAGAUGCAUGGCGGGGUGGUUCAGUAUGACUUUGGGAAGUCUACCCCGACUGGGCUUGAGCGGGCGGGUCACUUAAAUGCUCCGCCAAAGAUCCUGCUUGAGGCCGUUGCCAAAGUGCAGGCUAGCCACUUGAGGGGACAGGCUAGGCUCCAUGAGCACGUCGGACAUUUCAAGAGCUUAUCAGGGUUCGAGUCACCAAGCUCUGAACAGGACGUCCUUUUUGAGGCAGAGUACGAACAUGAUGGCGGUGGCACCUGCAAAGAUUGCGACAGAUACAGAGCAGUACAGCGUGGGUCUCGUGAGAAGCGUAUAGUAGUCCACUACGGCACCAUUGCGUCAGGCAAUCUUGUGAUGCGAAGCGGAAUUGAACGCGAUCGAGUCAGCUCCGAACUUGGAACCGUGCUUUGUUUCGAGAUGGAGGCGGCUGGCCUAAUGAAUACUUUCGGCUGUAUUGUCAUUCGAGGCAUUUGCGAUUACGCUGACUCGCACAAAAGCAAGGAGUGGCAGCCGUAUGCGAGCGCAACGGCUGCGGCAUAUGCAAAGGAGCUAUUGACCGUCAUACCGCCUGCCUCUGUUGCAGGGGUACGGACUCCAGAGGAGGUCCUCAAAGACAAAGAAGUCAACCAAGAGCUGCUGAACCGCCUGCACUAUGUUGCGGAAGCAACUUUCAACUCGUAUCAAAAACAGCACGAGCGGACAUGUCUCGAUAACACCCGUUCCCAGGUUCUCGAGAAGAUCAAUGCUUGGGCUGAUAGGCAAGACGGAUCUUCCAUCUUCUGGCUGAAUGGAUGGGCAGGAAUCGGUAAAUCAACAAUUGCUCGCACGAUCGCCCGGCGAUACCAUGAGAAGCAACGCCUUGGGGCCAGCUUCUUCUUCUCCAGGGGCGGCGGAGACGUCGGUCAUGCUGGAAAAUUUGUCACGACCAUUGCCCGACAGCUUGCUAACCAUAUCAUACCUCUUCAGUCGUUUAUCUGCAAAACGAUUGAGGCAUGUGUUGAUAUAGGGACGCAAUCUCUCAGUGACCAAUGGCGUCAACUCGUUGUUCGUCCGUUAUCCAGUCUGACUGAUCGCUGCGGCGUGCCCCCAUUUGUCGUCGUGAUCGAUGCUCUGGAUGAAUGCGAUGACGAUAGGAACAUCCGGACCAUCAUACAGCUGUUGGGCGAGGCACAACUGGCCGCGUCCGAUGUUCUCAGAGUAUUCAUAACGAGCAGACCGACUCUCCCCAUUGAAAAUGAAGUCUCUCGCCUACCCGAAGAAAGCCGCUGCGGUUUGAUACUUCAUCAUCUACCGUCCGAGGCUCUGCAUCACGACAUCUCCGUCUAUCUCCAGCAUGAAUUACGCAUGAUAGCACAAGCAAUGGCUCUUGACUCCUCGUGGCCCGCCCCAGACGCAGUCGAGUUUCUUGCAGCUAAAUCAAGUGGCCUUUUUAUAUGGUGUGCAACUGCGUGUCGUUUCAUUGACGAGGGAGGUCCAUUUGCCCAGGAACGACUGAAUACUCUCGUUCAAGGCGGGUCGUCAAGCACCGGCCCCGAGGAAAGCCUUAAUGAGAUUUAUACCUCAGUACUCAGGAGGGCUGUUUCCAUGACCUACACGGACCAAGAGCAAAAGAAGCUCUAUAAUCUCCUCAGACAGGUUCUUGGGGCCGUUAUUCUUCUUUCCUCGCCGCUGCCGCUCGAAUCGUUAUGCAGGCUGCUUCAAAUUCGGAUACAGAGCACUACCUACAUCCUGCGAAACCUCCACGCUAUCCUAGACAUUCCCCAUGACCUCAGUCGUUCGAUUCGUCUACACCACCCUUCAUUUCGCGACUUCUUGCUUGAUAAAGGCAGAUGCAACGAUCCAAAUUUCUGGGUGGAUGAACAGAAGGCGCAUCACGAGUUAGCAUACGGUUGCCUGCACCUCAUGAGUUCAUCUCUUAGGGAAGAUAUUUGUGAUAUCCGCAAUUAUGGAGCGUCAAUCGAUGAUGUGGAUGAGACUCGGUUGCAGCAAAGCCUCUCGUUAGAGGUCAAAUAUGCGUGUCUUUUCUGGGUGCAACAUCUCCAACAGAGCAAUGCUCCGCUAGAGGAUAAUGACGCCGUCCAUGAGUUUCUAAGCGAGCACAUCCUUCAUUGGCUCGAAGCCCUUGGCUGGAUGCGCAGGGUGCCGGAAGGGAUUCGAGCAAUAGUGUCUUUGGAGUCUAUGGCGCUCGACAAUGACUGCCCCCGUCUUUAUGAGCUUAUUUGGGAUGCAAGGCGCCUAGCUCGGGUUAACAAGGCUAUACUAGAGGAAGCUCCGCUACAGAUAUAUUUUAGCGGACUUUUAUUCGCCCCGUCACAAAGCAUCAUUCGCGCGACCUCCCAGGAUGGUCUCACCCGGUGGAUGAAGAAGAUACCUUCCGUUCAAAGUGAUUGGAGUCCUGAUGAACAGACCCUGGAGCUGGAGCGUGGUGGUGCCAAAUGGAAAGGUACUCGCGUCAACAUCUGGGAGCACGGUGAAACUUUGGGAUACCCCUACAGGUGA